ACGUGUUUUUGAAAUAUUUAUGUGUGCUAUUAUAGUUUUUUCAUCUUUAAAAAAUAUUUAAUUUAAUUUAGUAGUAGAUAUUUUAAUAGGUACAGUGUUUGGUGUUUUAGAUACAUUAUUAGUUAUGUUUUUCAUUAGUUUGUACAUUGUAACAAUUACAACAUUUAUAUUCAGCGGAAACGAUGCAAAAGAAAUUAUAUCAACAACUUCAUGUAAAUGCUGGGAAAACUACAGGGCAGAUGUUGGCGAAAAUGGUUUGCAAUGUGUCGCCUUAGAUCAAUUCCAUAUUAUGCCUUGCAAUAUGCCCAAAUCUCCAAAAUGCAUUUGUUCUGGAGGCAUCAGCAGCAUCCUCAAAGACGAAUCUGGUACUUGGUGUACUAAAUAUAGUAACGGAGAAGAACUGAGACGCUGGCCUUGUGAAAAUCGUCAGGAAUGGGAUGAUUUUCUCAAGAAAAACCCUACUGUUGUAAUGGAUCGCUACGAAAUUUGCAAAAGUGUCAGACCACCAAACUGUAUUUGUUCUGGUGACCUAGCCAGUGUUGCCAAAGAUACCACAGGAAUUUGGUGCAUCAAGUAUGACGAGAAUAUGGAUGAGAUCCGAUGGCAAUGUGAAAAUAUACAAGAAUGGAGUGACUUUAAGAAACAACAUCCCUAUUAUUUAUACUGUUAAAAUAAAUAUCGCCUAUUGUUGAUAAAAAUUUGCUUGUAGUAAUAUGUAAUGUGUUAUUAUUAUCAUUAUUAUAGAAUUGAUACUCUAAAAGUAGUGGUUGUAUCUGUAAUA